AUGGCUUCUGAAUCGUCAACCGUCAUCUCCAACACGGAGAAUCUCAUGAAGUACAUGAACCUCGACCAGAGGGGUCACAUCCAGGCCGAGUACGUCUGGGUUGAUGCUACUGGAAACUGCCGUUGCAAGACAAGGACUCUCUCCAAGCCUGUCAAGACUGUCGAUGAGCUCCCUGAAUGGAACUUCGACGGUUCCUCCACUGGCCAGGCUCCCGGUGACAACUCUGAUGUCUACCUUCGCCCCGUCGCUAUCUUCCCCGAUCCCUUCCGCCAGGGUGAUAACAUCCUCGUCCUCUGCGAGACCUGGGAUUCGGAUGGAACCCCCAACAAGUUCAACUACCGCCACGAGGCCAACCGUCUGAUGGAGAUCCACGCCAAGGAGGAAUUCUGGUUCGGUCUGGAACAAGAAUAUACUCUGCUCGGUACCGAUGGCUGGCCUUACGGAUGGCCCAAGGGUGGUUUCCCCGGUGCUCAGGGCCCCUACUACUGCGGUGUCGGAACUGGCAAGGUCUACUGCCGUGACAUCGUUGAGGCUCACUUCCGUGCCUGCUUGUAUGCCAACAUCAAGAUCUCUGGUAUCAACGCUGAGGUCAUGCCUUCCCAGUGGGAGUACCAGGUUGGUCCCUGCCAGGGUAUCGAGAUGGGUGACCACCUCUGGAUGUCUCGCUUCCUCCUGCACCGUGUGGCUGAAGAGUUCGGUGUCCGGAUUUCCUUCGAGCCCAAGCCCAUCAAGGGUGAAUGGAACGGUGCUGGUCUCCACACCAACGUCUCCACUGUCUCGACUCGUGGCGAUGGUGGCAUGAAGGUCAUCGAGGCCUACAUGAAGAAGCUUGAGACCCGCCACAACGAGCACAUUGCCGUUUAUGGUGAGGGCAACGAGGAGCGUCUCACUGGCCGUCACGAGACCGGCAGCAUCGACAAGUUCAGCUACGGUGUUGCCGACCGUGGUGGCAGCAUCCGUAUUCCCCGCCAGGUCGCCAAGGAUGGCAAGGGUUACUUCGAGGACCGCCGUCCCGCCAGUAACGCUGAUCCUUACCAGAUCACCGGUAUCAUUGUUGAGACUCUCUGCGGUGGCCUCUAA